AUGAAAUGUGAAUGUUGUGGUAAAGAUGUCCCGUAUGCUUCUCUUAAGGAUCACAUGAAAGAAGUAUGUGAAUAUUAUCCUGUGGCUUGUAAAUAUUGUAAUCAAAUGAUACCAAUGAAAAAUAUUGAACAACAUGAAAGUACAAUUUGUGAUGAAGUGCCAACUAAAUGUGAAUUUCAAGCUUUUGGAUACAACUAUGAUAAAUGUGAAAAGAUUUACCCUCAUCCAAGAUGCCAGGAAUCAAAAUACGUGAUGAAGAUCGAGAAAAAACUCACUCAAGAGUUUACCACUGCUGUUCAAAACUUGGGUGACCGAAUCACAGCUGUUCGUUCUAAUCCCUCAGAAAAAUUUGUGAUGCUAGCAGGAAAACUUACCGGCAUGGAAAGGAGGAUUGAGACUCAGGAAAGGAGGAUUGAGAGUCAGGAAAAGAGUAUUGAGAGUCAGGAAAGGAGUAUUGAGAGUCAGGAAAGGAGGAUAGAGAGUCAGGAAAGGAGGAUCGAGAAUCUUGAGAAUCGUGGUGAGGAAAAUCGAAUAGCUUCCCUUGAGCGUCAGGUUACUACAAUUUCCACAAUUUUACAGAGGAUGUGGGAGAGUUUGGAUGAGAGGGGCGACUUGCCGGAAGAACCGCAUGACGCUCGCGAAGUUUGA